AUGGCUACAUCCGAGACCCCGAAGCGAAGCUACGUGCUCGCGUCGCGCGCAUCUGUACUCGCCAAAAUCCAGACAGAGGCGACUGUAGAACUGUUCCAGAAGUCUUUCCCACAGCUUGCGUUCAGCACGUCCUACAUGUCGACCGAGGGCGACAAGAACCAGUCUCAGGCGCUAUAUGUACUCGGCGGAAAGUCUUUGUGGACUAAGGAGCUUGAGGUCGCGUUGUUGGAGGGUGCCGUUGAUAUGCUCGUGCAUUGCGUGAAGGACAUGCCUACUACGCUGCCUCCGGGCUGCAUCUUGUCCGCGAUCACGGAGCGCGAGAACCCAGUCGACAGCUUGGUUGUCAAGAAGGAUUUGCGGAUUGACGGGAAGGAAGUGAAGAACCUGUCUGAUCUGCCAGACGGUUCGGUCGUGGGUACGAGCAGUGUGCGGCGCGUCGCACAGCUACGACGCCACUUCCCGCACCUCCAGUUCAAGGAUAUUCGGGGGAACCUUACGACCCGCAUGCGCAAGCUCGACGACCCCGAAGGCCCGUAUGCGGCCAUCAUCCUUGCGAAGGCCGGCAUGGUCCGACAAGGAUUGGGCGACCGUCUCACGGCGGACCUUCCCGCGCCCACGCUCUACUACGCCGUCGGACAGGGCGCGCUGUGCAUUGAGAUUCGCGAGGGAGACACGGAGGCUGCAGCGCUUUGCGAGGCGAUAACGCAUUGGCCGACGCAGUGGGCGUGCCUGGCGGAGCGUGCCUGCUUGCACGAGCUGGAGGGCGGCUGCAGUGUACCCGUUGGCGUCAACACCGAGCUCACGAUCGAACAAGAUACGUCUGAGGGACGUCGCGCUAAGAUCGCGAUUACAGGGACUAUCACCUCGCUCGACGGACAGCGCCAUGUGCAGCAGGAUCUAGUCGAUACCUUAGAUGGUAUCGAGAAGGCGCAAUCUGUGGGUGUACGUCUUGCACGCGCUCUCAUCGAGAGCGGAGGUGCGGCGAUUCUGGAUGAAAUCAAGGAGGAUCGUGCCAGGCGGCAGGGCGAGAACAAGACAGCCGAAGAAGUUGCUAAGAUUGAAGCAGCGCAGAACCCAACCGCUUGA